CCUUAUCGCCGGACUCGCGGACCUGGGCUCCACAGUGUGUGAGAGAGGGCGUGGAGGUGCAGAGUAGCAGGGAAUUGGUCGCUGGCAGGAAGGAGACAGUAGGAGAGGAAAGCUACGUUAGACAAUCUUGUCAAGAAUGGAGGGACGGGGGGAGGGGGAGCAGCCCGCCCACCUUCGCCUGCGGGGCAGCGUGCCUUCGUGGUGCGCACGCGCAGAAGGGAGGCCACGCUUGGCUUGGGGGGGCGGCCUCAGCUCCGCCUCCCGGCCAAUCCAGAGGCAGCGGAGGGGUGGGGCCUGGCCCGCGCUGGCUGGCUCGGUGUCUGCGCGCGGGCUUCGUCGCGUCGCAGCUGUGCGCGUGAAUCGCUUUUGUCCGCGCCAUGGAGUCUGCGCUGAUCCGGCGUUUAGCCCCGCGUCUGGGCAUCGCCGAGCCCGGUGUGCUGAGGUGAGUCCGGCCGCGCACGCCUCAGCGGCCCUGGCCUCUCCUCAGACGAGGUCCGCGCCUUUCCCGCGCGACAGGCGGCGCCGGUGCCCGACGGGAUUUGGCCCGCCUCAGGAAGACCUUCCCGGGCGCGGGCCCCAGGAGGUGGCGGGGGCCGCUGUCGACGUCCCUGGGAACAGCUGGCCCGGUGGGAUGCUCGGCGGUGGGAAGGGGGAGAGUCGGAGAACCUGGGGCGCUGCAGAUAGAGAGGGUCAGUUUGCAGCGGUGAACCAGACAGGUGGGGUACCAGGCCCCUGGAGGUCGCUGUCCGUGACCGCAGCAACCGCGCGGGAAACAAAAACGGCGGGGUCCCGGGACGGCUGCCUUUAAUUGAAAAAUCCAGGAACCGCCUCGGAGAGGGUGCUGUUUGUGCUUAGCCCCGAGUGACAGGAGAUGCCAGCCGUGGGAGACGUGAGAGGAGCGGCCGGGCAGACACCGCAGCCUGUGCAAAGGCCCUGAGAGGGGAAGCACAUUUCAUGGUCCCAGGAAAGCAGAGGAGUACUUGCGACUGUCCCAGGUGAAAUGUAUUGGCCUGUCUGCACAUACCACGGAGACCAGCAAUGCAGUCAUGUGCCUGGACCUUGCGGCUUCCUGUAUGGAGUGUCCUUUGGACAGGGCUUAUUUAAUUAAACUUUCUGGUUUGAACAAGAAGGUCUAUCAGAGCUGUCUUAAGUCUUUUGAAUGUUUACUGGGCCUGAAUUCAAAUAUUGGGAUGAGAGACCUGGCUGUACAGUUUAGCUGUACAGAAGCAGUGAACAUGGCUUCAAAGAUACUACAAAGCUAUGAGUCCAGUCUUCCACAAACACAGCAAGUGGAUCUUGACUUAUCCAGGCCACUUUUCACCACGGCUGCACUACUCUCGGCAUGCAAGCUUCUAAAGCUAAAGGUGGAUAAAAAUAAAAUGGUAGCCACAUCUGGUGUAAAAAAAGCCAUAUUUGAUCGACUUUGUAAACAAUUAGAGAAGAUUGGGCAGCUGAUGGACAGAGCGCCUAGAGAUUCAGUUACUUCACCACAGAAGAAAAAGAAGAUGAUGGUUGAACCUCCAGCAGAAGAAACAGAGAAGGUGGUAGAGAUCCCACAUAAACCUCAGAAAGAUGAAGAUCUGACACAGGAUUAUGAAGAGUGGAAAAGGAAAAUUUUGGAAAAUGCUGCCAGAGCACGAAAGGCUCCCGCAGAGUGACCUCAGCUUCCAGACCGCCAUGUGCUAUAAACCCACAGUACGUCCGCCUCCUCAACAAGGACAUGAGGGUUUUGGAAUCUGUUUCAACUUUUAGAACUAGGAUCCUGACUAUUGCCUUAAUAGCAUAGAAGCCAGCCCGGGGCUGAGUUCUGGGAAGCAGGCUGCCCCUGAGGUGGGCAACAAAUCCAUUAGAUCAGUCAUUUUGGUGUAGCCUUGGCUCCCCACAGGUCUGCACUGUCCUACAAAAUGGAAUUGGAGUCAUUUUGCUCUUUUGUUUUAAGCAAAAAACAGUCCCUUGUCCUAUCCAAAAUAUAAAAUUCAGGCUGAAUGGAGUCUUAGGGAUUUUACUUAGUUUUUUGUGUAAGUUGCUUGGUUUGACGAAAUCAAUAUAUGGUACAGUCUAAGUUAAUAAAUGUUAUUUUUAUGUGCA